ACUAAAAUAUUUGCCUUCCAGGUUUUAAGGCCUUUCAUAUUGAGAAGACUGAAGACUGAAGUGGAACAACAGAUGCCCAAAAAGUUUGAACAUGUGGUAAUGUGUAGGUUAUCAAAGAGGCAGCGUUACCUGUAUGAAGAAUUUAUGUCAAGGACUAAAACAAAGGAGACCUUAGCUACUGGGAACUUCCUAAGUGUGAUCAAUGUGUUGAUGCAACUUCGGAAAGUGUGCAAUCAUCCAAAUUUGUUUGAACCUCGUCCAACUGUGUCUCCUUUCAUGAUGGAAGGCAUCUCAUAUGUGGUUCCAUCUGUUGUUUGGGGCAUCACUGAUUAUGACCCAUUUAAGCACGUUGAUCUCUUCAGCCUAAAUUUUCUAUUGGCCGAUUUGGAAUUGUGCUUAACAGCGUUUGCUGCUCAUCGCAUCCGCAAAUUUCAGGCGCCUCGCCGUCUUAUUGAGGAAAUUGAUUCAGCUCCAGAUCCCCCUCCAAAGUGUCCUGCUGGAAAGAUCAAGCUUCAUGUGCGGCCAUCUAGUCAAAGUGUGCCUAAGACUGGUGUGUUGCCAGCAAGCACUCCAAGAGCAUCAACUCCAGUUGGAGUUCUUCGCGCUCCCUUGCCGCAGACACCAACUUUGGCUUCCGCUCCUACUGCCACCACUAAUUUGCAUGGUGGAGGAAUGAGGAUCCAGCUAGUUCAACAAGGAGGAACAAUUAAAGCCAUCCAAGUACCUGUAAGUGGAGCUAGUGGAGGAAUUGUUGUGCAGCAGACUCCUCAAGGGCCACGUCUGGUGAUGCCACAACGAACCACAUUAGCAACACCUAGUACAGCAGCAGCAGUUGGAGGAGCACCUAGCACAGGAACAUCUGUCUUGGGGGGGCUACAGCUUCUUCAAACAUCUUCAGGCCAGUUGCUGCUCACCACAGCACCUGUCCACAAGCCAGUAAAUCCCACUUUAUCUCAAGGAGUCACUGGCACUGCAGCAGCAGCCCUUCUUCAGCGACUUCAGGGUUUGAAAGGUCUCCAAGGUUCUAUGAUCACAACAGGGGCUGGGGGAAGACCUGUGCUCCGACUUCCCCUCCCAAGCAAUCUCAGACCACAAACACAGGUUCUGUCUACUGCUAACAAUCAAACAGCAGCAGCUACUGCAGCAGUUCGCAUUCCUUCACCUGCUGCCCCUACCCAAACAACUCAUGUGGCUAGUCCAGUGAGAGCAGGACCUUCGUCACCUGCUACACGGGUACCUCUUUCAAACACUACACCCAGCAAGCCUACCACCAGGAUUGAACAACGGCAGAUUGAUCGCCUUGAAGAAAACAAGAAGGAAGAAGAAAGAAAACGAAAUUUGUUCUUUUUGAGCGACCUUGAAGAGAGAAGACGCAAAAGAAGGAAAGACAAACUUGCUCUCAUAGCCCGGUUGAAUACACGUCGUUGUCAGGCAUGUCCCAUAUAUGGUUCAGAUCUGAUGGAGGCUGUUGCUGUAAUUAAUACUUGUCAUGGUACAACCAACAGUCAUGCAGGAUGGAGUGGUCAGGGAAUGAUACACUGUCUUCAAGCAACAGAUCUGAAGUCCCACCUUUAUGAGUCUCAGACAGACACCCUCCACAGAAUAGUUAACACUCCAGAAACCUAUUUAAAACAGUUAAAAGAUACCACUGACAGAUAUGUGUUCUGUAUACCAUCAGUGGUGGCACCACCCAUUUGUUCAAGAAUGAGCCACCCAUCACCAUCUAAACUCUGGGCACAAGAAAGAACAAAAUCCUUAUUAAAAAAACACCUUUCUCCUGGCAUUGCUCCCCUUCAUCACAUAAUGAAUGCAGCAGUCACACAGUUCCCAGACCCCAGGCUUAUUCAGUAUGAUUGUGGCAAGUUGCAAACAUUGGAUCGCCUGUUGCGGCAGUUGAAGACUGGUGGUCACCGAAUCCUCAUCUUCACUCAGAUGACAAAAAUGUUGGAUGUUUUUGAGGCUUUCCUUAAUUAUCAUGGCCAUCUUUAUUUGAGGCUAGAUGGCACUACAAGAGUUGACCAAAGACAGGUAUUGAUGGAGAGAUUUAACCAAGAUAAGAGAAUCUUUGCUUUCAUUUUGUCAACACGGUCAGGAGGCAUUGGAGUGAAUCUCACGGGUGCUGAUACUGUUAUCUUUUACGAUUCAGAUUGGAACCCAACCAUGGAUGCCCAGGCUCAGGAUCGUUGUCACAGGAUUGGACAGACAAGAGAUGUGCAUAUCUAUCGUCUCAUCUCAGAGAAGACCAUCGAAGAGAAUAUCUUGAAGAAAGCAAACCAGAAGCGCCUUUUGGGUGAUCUGGCAAUUGAAGGAGGCAAUUUUACCACCGCACACUUCAAAACGUCAACCAUACAGGAUCUGUUCGAUGUGAAUGUAAAUGAAAAUGAUGCUUCGAAGAGAAUGUCUGAAAUCAUUGAAAAAAAUAAACCAUCAGACGAGGGCAAAGAAGUAUCAGAAGGAGAGAGAGUGAAGAUGGGAGCAUUUGAGAGUGCUUUAGCUGCAGCUGAGGAUGAAACUGACGUUCAAGCAGCUAAGACUGCCAAGGCAGAAAUGGCUGCAGAAUUAGCAGAGUUUGAUGAAAACAUUCCAAUAGAAGAAGGAGAAGGAGGAGAGGAAAUGAGUAAGGCUGAACAAGAAGUUGCUCUUCUCAUGAAACAGCUAUCACCAGUAGAGAAAUAUGCAAUGAAGUUCCUAGAAUCUUCGGACGAUGGCUGGGCAGCAGAAGCAGAGCGAAUGGCUGCAGAGAUAGAACAACAAAAGAAGGAGUGGGAACUGGGACGUCUGCAAGCCCUGAAGGAGGAGGAGGAGCGAUUAGCACAUAAUUCAGAUGAAGAUCUUCUUACCUACUCAUCAGCAGAUGCACACAAUCAGAUGUGGCUGUCAUUGUGCGGAAGAGAAGAAAUGCCGAUAUGGCACCCUCCAACUCCACCACGGGAUGAUAAUGAUGUCUACAUUGACCAUGCCCUCGGAUUUUGGUAUGACUCUAGCAUAAUGCCCGAGUCUGCUCUCCCUCCUGUAUACAUCAAGAAGGAACAUAAAAGACUGAAAUUAGAACCAGGUGCUUCAGGUGAUGGCUCUUGUGGGUUACGUCGACCUCAGAAACUUCGCCGGGAAGAUGCUGUUUGUGCUCCUCGGUCCCUGUUUGAUCGACCAUCUCCAGCUGUCGUGAAAAUACGCCGAGAUCUUAAGCUACAGAAAUAUAGAGGCAUUGUCCGGCCAAGCAUUCCACUGCCAGGUCUAAAGCCUGCAAUGUUAACUAAACCACCUGCAGCAGAACCUGAGAACACUCCAGAGUGGGCAGUACAUGAAGAUUGGGCUGUUGUACAGGCUAUGCAGCAGCACUUGCAGUUAGAACUGCCUGUUAAUCUGCUUGUCUUGUCACCUGGUCACACUCCUAACUGGGAUCUCGUAGCUGAUUUAGUAAAUUCAGUCUCCCGCUGUUACCGUUCUCCCCGUCACUGCAGGACCCGGUAUGAAAAUACCAUUCUUCCUCGUGAAGAAGGGAAGUUACCACCAGACACUCCUCCCAAAAAGAUAUCAAAGAAACAAAAAUCAGGACUUCUUUCAAAACCUAUACAUAAAAGUUCACGUCCACUGAGAACUUCACAGUUAUUUACACAGGAUAACAACAGCAGUUUCUCCUCUCUGUAUUGUACUCGGUUUGAGACAAUUAAAAACAUAGCCGUCAAGCGUUCUCCACCGACCAAACCACCAAUACUAAACACCACUCAUAAAAACCCCAAGCAUGCCCAGGUACUUGCAGAAUCAGGAAUUCAAUAUGAUGGCCCUCUCAAUCCAGGCCAAGUAGCUUUAAAUCUUGCAGAGCGCAUUCAACGUGCAAAACAAAAAUCUCAGUCUGAUCUUGCUCAACAACAGCAGCAGAAACUACUGCAGCAGCAGCAGCUUCAGUUACAACAGCAACAGCAGCAGCAACAAAUACAGCAAGCUCAGCUUACUGCAAACCAGCUACAAGUACAGCUACAACAACAGCAACAACCUCAAACAAAUCAGGUACAACAACAAAGUGUUCAGCAACAAGCCCAGCAGCAACAAGGUCAACAGCAAGUCUCAGUUGUUGGGAACACAGCUACUCAACAAGUAGUCAGUAGUGGCCUUUCUGGCAAGGUUGCCACUUCAGUGGUGUUGAGUCAAGGAACUGCUAUGACUGUUGCUACUGUUACUGCUGCUACAGCCACCACCACUGCUGCCUCCUCAACUACUGCAGCCAUCCUUGGAGGUGUGCGUACUGCAGCCGGAGUUGCUAAUGCCAGCCGCACCACUUUAGCCCUUCAGGAGCUACAGGUGCGCACAUCAGGAAGUAAUCAAAGUACAGUAGUGAGUGUGGCUGGUCUGGCACAGUUACAGACUGCAAAACUUACUGCAUCAUUGUCUUCACAAUCAUCUACACAGAAAGGUGUUACUGGGGUUCAAAGAUCCUUUACUCCAGCACAGUUGCAGUAUUUGAAGACACAAGCCCAAGCAAGACAAGCUCUUGCAUUGCAACAGCAGCAAGGCAAAGUGGUUACCACAGGUGACCAAACCAUCAAGCGUGUUCAGAUAGCUGGGCAAGCAGGAACCACUCAAAAGGUGCAAGUAGCAGUGUCUGGGGGAACUUUAGCAGCUGUUACUGCUAUACAGGUCAGUCAGGCAGGACGUACACAACUAGUGAAGCCUGGAACAGUGGUAGCUGGAACCAGUGGAGUGAUGACUGCUGGAAAAGCUGUGACCCGUACUGUGACAGACAGAGAAGUGGCUGCACUUCUCAAGCAACAGCAUCUCAACAAGUCAGGACAAGUUGCUCAGGUGCAAGUACCCUCUGCACAGCUCUUGGCUGGACUUCAAGUUCAGAGUGGUGUAAGUGGGAGUGGCAUGCCAGUGGCUACAUUAGUCAAGACAGUCAGUGCUCCUAGUACACUGGUACACACACCAACAACCGUAACUCUUCCUGUGUCUGCUAUUAAUGUGACACUCCCUCAAGCUAGAGUUACCACUGCAGCUACCGUCGCCAAAGCUGCCACCACCCAACAAACUGUGCGAAAUAUUCCUUUACCACAACAGCUAUUGGCAAAACAGAGAUCACUGAUGGGAGUUAAAGGUGCUGUUGGGUUACAACUGGGCAGUAAGACUGUAGGCAGCACUGGACUUAACACUGUGCAAAUAGUACAAGGUGGUGGUCAGAAACAGAUGUCACAUGUUACAGUACAGCAAGCAUUUAAACAGGUGCCUCAACAGACCAUCCAACACAUUACACAGGGUGGCACUGUUAGUGGAAGUGUAGUUGGUAAAGCUGUGGGGAAUACAGUAGCAGGCAGCAGUGUGACAGCAUCAAGCACUCAAGGUAUCAGCACUUCUCACACCACCAAGUUGGUACCCAUGACCAUUGCCUCACAUCAGCAACAGCCUAUCAAGCAAACUAUACAGGUUGUGUCAGCUGGGUCUACAGUGGUUGGUGGAGGCUCUGCAAUUCGUGUGAGUGCUGGGGAACGCUCAUCACCAUCAACUUUGGCCUUGUCUGCUGGAACCAUGAAAGUGACCAACCCUGCCAUAUUGUCUCAAGUAUCUGCAGCCCUUCAAGGACAAUUAAUGUCUGUUGCUGUGAGGACUCCCACCCAGAGUCCUGUUAGAAUACAGACAUCAGCCCUUCAGACUCAGCAAGCAGCACAGACACAACAACAACAACAACAGCAGCAGCAGCAACAACAACAACAACAGCAACAACAGCCACAACAGCAGCAGCAGCAACAACAACAACAGCAGCAACAACAGUCACAACAACAGGGGCAGCAAGGUGGUGUUGGGCAGUAAAUGAAAACAAGAAUGCUGUCAUCAACAUCUUUCACACUGUUUUGAAAUAAUAGGGUUUCAUAUGUUGCUCAUCUGGAGUUCUGAAGAUAAUUGUAAGAAAGUUCUUUA